AACAAUAUUGUGCGGCGAUAAAAGUGCGACACCGGGAAAAAGGAUUGUGCCGGUUGCGGAAUGUAAAACGCGCCCACGGAAUUGGUCGAGCUCUGUGCAUCAGUAUUUGCCACGAUGGUCUUUUACUUUACCAGCAAUGUCGUGCAGCCUCCGGUGACCCUGUUUAUGGGCUUGGAUAAGUACGAAAAUGAAGACCUCAUCAAAUGGGGCUGGCCGGAGGAUGUGUGGUUCCACGUUUACAAAGUAUCUUCGGCUCACGUAUAUUUGCGGCUCCAGGCCGGGCAAACGCUCGAUGACAUACCGUCGGCGGUUCUGGAAGAUGCUUGCCAGCUCGUGAAGGCCAACAGCAUCAACGGCAACAAAAUGAACAACGUCGACGUUGUGUACACAAUGUGGGACAAUCUGAAGAAAACGCCCGUUAUGGAGGUUGGUCAGGUGGCGUUCCACCGUGACAAGGAGGUGCGCAAGUUCCGCGUGGAAAAGCGCAGCAACGAGAUCGUCAAUCGGCUCAACAAGACAAAGCGCGAAGAAGAAUCGAUCGACUUCCGGGCGGAGCGCGAAAAACGGGAUGCACUGGAACGGGCGGACAAAAAGCAAGCGGCCCGGGAGGUGCGAGAGCAGGAAAAGGAAGACCAAAAACGGCGCCAGGAGGAGGCGGAACUGCGCAGCUACAACUCACUUAUGAAGGCGGAAAACAUGAAGUCGAACUACGACGACGGAAACGAUUCGGACGACUUUAUGUAGGGCCACCGGUUGGUGGAAUCAUACUAUUAGAGCGAGAGUG